GGGCGGCCCGAGACCAGCUUAUCAAGCAACCGGUUGUCUCACCCCAGCUCUGGAAGGAGCACCUUCUGCUCCAUCAUUGCUCAGCUAACAGAGGAGACCCAGCCGCUAUUUGAGACCACGCUCAAAUCCCGAGCUGUGUCCGAGAACAGCGAUGUCAAGUUCACGUGUGUCGUCACAGGGUACCCGGAGCCAGAGGUGACCUGGUACAAGGAUGACACGGAGCUGGACCGCUACUGUGGCUUGCCAAAAUACGAGAUCUUUCACCAGGGCAACCGCCAUACCCUGCAGCUGUACAGGUGUCAAGAAGAAGAUGCCGCCAUCUACCAGGCCUCUGCCCGGAACACCAAGGGCAUUGUGUCCUGCUCAGGGGUCCUGGAGGUGGGCACCAUGACAGAGUACAAGAUCCACCAGCGAUGGUUUGCCAAGUUGAAGCGCAAGGCCGCCGCGAAGAUGCGUGAGAUCGAGCAGAGCUGGAAGCACGGGAAGGAGGUGGAGGGGGAGGCCGACACACUGCGCAAGCUCAGCCCUGACCGCUUCCAGCGCAAGCGACGACUGAGUGGGGCGGAGGUGCCGGGCCCCCCCGCCCCCCCCGCCCCUCCCAGGGAGGCAGAGGACGGGACCCCGGUGCCUUGGCAGGAGGGAGAAGCCGAGUCUCCCCAACACCCAGGUUUGGGCCUGAUCAACAGUUUCGCUUCCGGAGAGGUGACCACCAAUGGCGAGGCCGCCCCCGAGAACGGGGAAGACGGGGAGCAUGGCUUGCUGACCUACAUCUGUGAGGCCAUGGAGCUGGGGCCUCAGAAAGCUCCCAGAAAGGAGUCUGGGGCCAAGAAGAAAAAGAAAGACGAGGGAUCUAAGCAAGGUGUGCGGAAACCAGAGUUCGAGAAGGCAGCCCGAAGCCGUUGGUCUUCUGAAAACCGUGUCCCUGGAUCGGACAGACCUGAUUCCGGUGGGACUCAGGGGGCCGUGGAUAGGGAGCAGCCCCAGACCCAGCCCAGGAGCAGGGCUGCACCGGGACCUGGGUCCUCUGGAUCAGACGGUUCCAAGAAGCCAGACUCCACUGUGGGCGCUCAAGACAAGGCCCAGGAUGCCCCGGCCCCGACCCCCGCCCCGGGCCCAGACCAGGAAGUGUACUUCUCUCUGAAGGACAUGUACAUGGAGAGCACCCGGACAGUCAGGCCUCAGCGGGAAGAUGCGUCCCGCCCACCAAGUGUCAAGGCACCAGGAGAGAUUCCCUCAGGGAAGGUACCCAUCGAGGCUGGAGAGCCAGGCAUGCCUGCCGCCCCUGGCCAGCCCACACCCUCCUUGGCUCCACCGCCCACCAGGCCUUUUAACAGGAGGAGAUUUGCUCCCCCCAAGCCCAAAGGGGAGCCCGCCACCCACGGCCAGCCUAUUUCCUCCCUAAGUCAAGCUCCAGAACACAAGGAGGCCCAGGGCUCUGGGAAGAACCCGCCCCAGACCUCUCCCCAGGUGCCGACACCCCCUGCCCGGCGGAGGCACGGCUUGCGGGACAGCCCCUCGCAGGGGCGAGCCAGCCACAGGACCCUGGGAGAGGUCCUGGAGCCCCAGGCAGCCACGGCUGCAACUGCGCCGGCCAGCAGCAGCUCUGGGAGUCGAGGGAGCACCGAGCCUAUGGAUACAGAGACCCCGGAAGAUAGGAGAACAUCCGCUCCCCAGAGAACUGGCGACAAGACUAUGCAGGCCGAUGGGAAGAUGCAGUUGGAUGGGAGGGUCCAGGGGGACAGGACGGAAACGACCCAGAGGACACAGACAGAUGGGAAGACACAGGUGGACGUUGCGACUCCAGAAAGUGAGACGCCACAGUCAGACAGGAGUUGGCAGAAGGAUGUGAAGACACAGGCAGAAAGGAUGCAGGCAGAGGAGACACAGGAAGACAGGAAGCCACAGACAGAUGCGAGGACACGGGAGGGCAGAAGGGUACAGGAAGCGGAGGGGAUGCAGUUGGCGGGGAGCAUAGCCACGGUCACGGAAGGUCAGUCAGAGCAGGAGUCUGCAGCCAGCCUCAGCCCACGGUGCAGAGCCCCUGAACCCCCUCCUUCUGAGGGUCCUCAGGCUCCCCAGGUUGGCGAAUAUUUUGCACAGACCCCUGCAGGGUCUCAUGUCCCAGAAACACCUGGUCUCAGGCUUAGAUCUGAGGAGGCAACAUCCACAAAUCUUGAGGAAACUGGGCUGGGUCCCCCGUCAGGGAAUCUGCCACCUCGUACAGGGAGCUCAGAGCAGUUGGAAAGAGAGAGUUCCGGCCCAACCAGAGCCAAGCUGGAGGACAGCCUGUUCCAGCACCCUAGGGACAAGCAGCAGGGGGAAGCACUGGGUGUGGAGUUGGGUAUCUGUCCUCCAGCUGGCCUGAGCCAGGAGGUACCUGCUUCCUCUCCUCUUCCUGGGACUGGCCCACAGGAGCUGCCCGGCACCCCACUUUCACAGCACAGGAACAUGGCUGCCUUCCCACCCCCUGGGGACCAGGCCUUGCUGAGUUCUGCCCCCACGCUGCUCCCAGGCCUAGGGACCCCCACUCAGAGUCACCCACCAGAAACCAUGGCCACCAGCAGUGAAGGGGCCUGUGCUCAGGGGCCAGAUGUGGAGGGGAAGACUCCAGGUCCCCGGAGUUGUGACCCUGGCCUCAUAGAUUCCCUGAAAAACUACCUGCUUCUGCUGCUGAAGCUCUCGAGCCCGGAGACAAGUGGGGCGGGGGCAGAGUCCCCGGCUGGGUCUCUGGGGCCUUCGCCUGCCCUGGUUCCCACCGUGGAAGUGGCUGGGCUGAGUCCCCGGACGUCCAGGCGCAUCCUGGAGCGUGUGGAGAAUGAUGACCUGGUGCAGAGUGCUCAGAGCCUACUGCUCAGCCCCUGCACCUCCCGCCGCCUCACCGGCCUCUUGGACCGUGAGGUGCAGGCUGGCCGGCAGGCCCUGGCCGCCACCCGGGGCUCCUGGGGCCCUGGCCCCAGCCCGCUCACUGUCCCUGCCAUCGUGGUUGGUGAGGAGGGCCCCGUGUUACCCUCUGAAGGAUCCAGUGAGGGUCAGGGAGAGGUUCCCAUUGAGGAGCCCAGCCUCCUGGGGACCACUCCCGAGAGCAGCACAGGCAGGCCGCUGGGGCAAGCAGGUGGGCAGGCAGCCCACAGCAGAGCUCAGGAACCCUUGCCAGAGGAGGAGGGCCCAGGGGAGGCUACCACAGGUCUCCCUGCAGCCACUCCUGAGGAGCUGGCUCUGGGGGCCCGCAGGAAGAGAUUUCUCCCUAAGGUCAGAGCAGCAGGAGAUAGGGAGACGACCAAGCCUGAAGAGGGAGAUAGCCCCACAGUGUCCCCCCGGGGGCCCAGGAAGAGCCUGUCACCUGGGUCCCCGGGAUCUCUGAGGAGGGAGAGACGCUCCCCUACCCAAGGUAGAAAGGCAAGCAUGUUGGAGGUACCCCGGGCAGAGGAGGAGCCGGUGGGAGACCUGGGCCCCAGCCCCAAGGCCGAAGGCCCAGACGCCGAGCUGGUCCCGGAUGAAAGCAAGCAGGAAGCUUUGACCACGCCCAAGAAGGCCAAAGACCUGCUGAAAGCCCCACAGGUGAUCCGGAAGAUUCGAGUGGAGCAGUUUCCUGAUGCCUCGGGCAGCCUGAAGCUCUGGUGCCAGUUUUUCAACAUUCUUAGUGACUCAGUCCUGACGUGGGCCAAGGAUCAGCGCCCGGUGGGCGAGGUGGGCAGGAGUGCCGGGGACGAGGGGCCGGCUGCCCUGGCCAUCGUGCAGGCAUCUGCUGUAGACUGCGGCGUGUACCGAUGCACCAUCCACAACGAGCACGGCUCGGCCUCCACCGACUUCUGCCUCAGCCCCGAGGUGUUGUCAGGAUUCAUCUCCAGAGAAGAAGGUGAAGUUGGAGAAGAAAUUGAGAUGACCCCGAUGGUGUUUGCCAAGGGUCUGGCAGACUCAGGCUGCUGGGGAGACAAGCUCUUUGGGCGGCUGGUGAGCGAGGAGCUCCGGGGUACUGCCCACGGCUGCGGCCUUCGGAAGGCCUCCCAGGCCAAGGUCAUCUACGGGCUAGAGCCCAUCUUUGAGUCAGGCCGCACGUGCGUCAUCAAGGUGUCCAGCCUUCUUGUCUUUGGGCCCAGCAGUGAGACGUCUCUCCUGGGCAGAAACUAUGACGUCACCAUCCAGGGGUGCAAGAUCCAGAACAUGAGUCGGGAGUACUGCAAAAUCUUCGCAGCUGAAGCCCGCGCUGCACCUGGGUUUGGGGAGGUGCCUGAGAUCAUCCCGCUGUACCUGAUCUACCGACCUGCCAACAACAUCCCCUAUGCUACGCUGGAGGAGGACCUGGGCAAACCCCUGGAGUCUUACUGUUCUCGGGAAGGGGGCUGUGCUGGGACUCCCGCUGCAGCCCACAACUCUGAGGCUGUGCAGAAAUGCCAGACCUUCCAGCACUGGCUGUAUCAGUGGACAAACGGCAGCUUUCUUGUCACAGAUUUGGCAGGGGUGGACUGGAAGAUGACAGAUGUGCAGAUUGCUACCAAACUGCGCGGAUACCAAGGCCUCAAGGAAAGCUGUUUCCCUGCCCUGCUGGACCAGUUUGCCUCUGCCCACCAGUGCAACGCCUUCUGUGAGAUGCUGGGGCUCAAACCCCUCAAGGGCCCCGAGACCGCCCACCCCCAAGCCAAGGCCAAAGGCUCCAAAAGUCCAUCUGCUGGCAGGAAGGGCCCCCAUCUGAGUCCCCAGCCUCAGAAGAAAGGCCUCCAUAGUCCUCAGGGCACCCGGAAAAAUGCCCCAAGCUCCAAGACCACCCUUCAGGCCUCAGAGUCAGUCGCCGUCCAGUUACUGGGGCAGCCUCCCACCCAAGAAGGAGGCCCCAAGACCCAGGGCAUGCGGUAGCCCCAACAGGAGGCUGGGGGCCUCCACCCAGCAGCAGACCAACCAGGAAGCAGCUUGACCUCGAAUGGAGACUUUCACGAUACGGAACUAACAGGAGAAGGUGCACCGAAGAGGCACCGCCCGGGGACCUUUCUGAGCAGCCUCUCCUCCAUCAGCUCCUCAUCAGAUGGCUGUGGUGCCUGGGACGUGGCCCACUGGCCUCCCCCGGCACCAUCGUCACCCAGGGCUCCCAGGCCUCAAGCAGGCCCCACCUCCAAGAGCCUAAAGGCCAAAGCCCUCCUUGAAGUUUACACUUGCCACUGCUGGAGGCUCCCCUGAGUCCUCUGCAUGAGUUCUGCCCCCGGCCCCUUGCCCCAGCCUCACCCCAUGGCAGAUGCAUUUUAGGGGGAUGAGGGUCAACAGUUACCCUCUGCCCCCACUUGGCCCUGACCCCUCCCUGUCCUCUGCUGGGCCUGGCCUGGUGACUCUCAGGGUGUCUUCUCCUUGCAGCUACUUUGCCUCAUUUACCCCAGCUUAUCCUGCAACUAACCUGUCCCUGAGCCCAGAUGGGGCUUGGGGCCUUUCCAGAGCCGUCAUGUCCUUGUGCAGUGGUCUUUGAUGAUGUGUGUUCAUUCCCUACCUCCCCCAUCACUCAGGCACUCACCCACCUGCUCCCCGGGCUCCCUCGAACCUCCUCCCCCUCACACACACACACACACGCACACGCCCCUAGCUUUGAGCCAGUUGCAGCUGCUGCCUGCCUUCACCAACCAAGUUUGUGCUCAUCUCUGCCUGAGGGCUCCCUGAGCCCUGACCCCUCACUACCCACCACAACCCUGAGUCAGGAACAGACUCUCUGGCCUCUCCCUCCCCCAUUCCCAGGCUCUCUGCUUAUGAGAGCUAGCCUGAUGGUUGCGUCAGCACCUACAGCCAGAGGGAAGGUGCCGACUCAAGGGACCUUGUGCUCCACACUGAAAGGAGCCAUGGUCACACCCCUCCACCAGGAGCAUGGGUGUCCGGGAAGGAUGCUGUACCUCCGUGCCCUCGGGCAGAGGGCUUUCUCUGCCUGGGAAUCAGGAUCCUCACUCCCGUUAGCUCCUGAUCCUCGGGUUCCAGCUCUGGGCUCUCAUGCUUGGGCUCCCAAGGGAUUCCUGUGCUGGGCCCUGCUCCCAGGGUCCUUCCAGAUUAUCCCUCCUUGAGGCCUGGGAUGGAUCUGGAGCUAGACAGCUCCUCUUGGAAUGCAAUAAAGGCAGCGGCUGUGUA